AAAGCAAAUGUGCAUUUGGUUCAGUCUUCAUCUCGCCUGGUAUCAAUCUAGCGUUCUCAAACCCAACACUGAUGUAGGCAGAAGCAAUCGUGAAAUUCUGCGCCCGCCGAACUCAAAAUCGAAGCAAACAGAGACUCGUCCAAUCAAUAUCAAGAUCGACGUCAACAUCUACCGACCGCGACAUCCGUGCACACUUGAGACACCACCGCCGCCUGCAAAGGCCUGCCCAUCCAUCAUGGGUCUUUUCCGCAAUCGCGAAGAGCGGCUGCCGGUGUACGAACGGACACGAGCAGGGUCCCCAUCGAAAGAACGAUACUCGGACGACGAAGACUACUACGCCUCCUCCGACGAGUACGAUGCAUACCCAGUUCGCUCAAAUGGGUCCUCAAGAAACACAUCGGGCUCGCUGGGCAGCGGGAUGCCCAUGCUCCCGAAAAGGAGGCAAGCCACCAAGAUAGCCAGCGUCUACCCAUACCGAUUACCAACCAAAGUCACCCGCUAUCUGUGCUUUGGCAUUGGAGCGCUCCUCUUCCUCAUGAUUUUCAGCUUGAUCAGGGCAAGCCAGGUGGAGAACUGGAAGGUUGCAAGCGGCACAUCAGAACACAGGCCUGUACCGCCACCUCCAGUAUGGGAGCGAUUCCCCUUCCUGGAAAGGUACUAUGGCGGUAUCCGAACUCUCCUGCCUUUCCAUCAAAGCAGCCCUGAAUACCCAAAGUCGAAUGACCCGAUACCCUCUGGAGAAUCCGCACAAGGGGAAAGAGAUACACCUACCAGCCUUUCCUGGAAUGAGUACCCUACACGUGCGCAGGAGUCUGACAUGAUCGAAUGCUUCUUGGACGCUGCUGGGAAGGUUCGAAUCCCUUCCGUACGGUAUUUUGAAGGCCGACCGAAAGGGUUUCCGCGCAACGUCGUCGGCUCAUAUGAACUGUUUGACCUCCCGGAAGAGGUAUGCUUUGAAAGGUUUGGCCGUUUUGGUCCCUACGGUUUUGGUUACUCGCUCAAAAACGGCGGUCUGGGGACGGGUGAGGGAGGAGAAAACUCUGGUUCCGCAGACGUCUGGAAAGACACUCAUCGGGUGGACUUCCGAGACGUCGAUUGGGCCGAGGCUCAGAGACGUUGCUACAGUGCCAACAUGAAUCGCUUCGUGGAAGUUCCAGCGAAGGCUUCUUCGGCCCAUGGCUUCUACAUACAAGAUUCAGCGGCGCCAGUUGCCAGUCUUGCUAAACGGAGUCUCAAUGAGACCGAAGAAGUCGUCGCAGGAACAGAUGGCACAGAUGCAGCGGACGCCAUUGUCAAGGCCGAUAAGCCAAAGACGGAAGUGGCCAAGAAAGCAAGGACGGCAGUCGUGAUCAGGUGCUACGACGAAUAUUUGUUUCGGGAGGAUGACAUGGCCUCCCUGCGCUCUAUGAUCACAGAGCUUUCGCUCGCGUCGGGAGGCCGUUACGACGUUCACCUCCUUGUACAGGUGAAAAACGAUGCUCAGCAUCCGAUCUGGGCCGACCACGACGCCUAUGAGAAACGAAUCCAAGACACCAUUCCGCAAGAAUUUCGUGGGCUGGUCACUUUGUGGACCGAAACCCAGAUGCUAUCUAUUUACCAAGGCAUUUAUGACCUAUACACCCGUGGCCCCGACCUGCCAGUACACGGUGUGUAUCGUGGCCUGACCAUGGCCAUGCAGCAUUUUGCCUACCAACAUCCGGAAUACGAGUACUUCUGGCAAUGGGAAAUGGAUGUCCGCUACACCGGACACUACUACGAUCUCUUCAGCAAGAUUGAACAGUGGGCCAAGGCCCAACCCCGAAAGAACCUAUGGGAAAGAAACGCCCGCUUCUACAUACCUGAGGUUCACGGUUCAUGGGAGGAUUUCUCGCAGAUGGCUCGCAUCCAGAACGAAAUGGGCACUUUGAACCCCGACACCCUCUGGAAUAAGGCACCUGGUCUCAAGGACGACCCCGACAAGGCCUCGAAACCUCGCAAGAUGGUCUGGGGGCCACAACGUCCUGAGGACAAUGACGACUGGUACAUGCCUGGCGACGACCCAAAACCCCCUCAUGGUGGUCCUGAGAAGGAUCGCAAUGUAUGGGGCGUUGGCGAAGAGGCGGACUACAUCUCUUUGAAUCCAAUCUUUGACCCAGAUGGCACGACCUGGUUGCUGAAGGACGACAUCACUGGUUUCAACCGUACCAAUGGGAACCCGCCUCGCCGCGCCAACAUCAUCACAACCUCUCGCAUGUCACGCCGGCUACUGCUGACAAUGCACAAGAUGACCGCCUACAAGAAACAGUUUGCUUUCCCUGAAAUGUGGCCUGCCACGGUUGCUUUGCAACACGGUUACAAGGCCGUUUACGCGCCCCAUCCGGUAUACGUCGACCGCAAGUGGCCCCUGGAAUACAUGGCCUCCAUCUUCAACGGCGGUCGUGACGGCUCAAGUGGUGGAGCUCGAAACAGCGUCUACGGCGAUCGCGAGCACAAUCUACGUGGGCUGUCAUGGUUUUACAAUUCUGGGUUUGGGCCGAACCUGUAUAGGCGCUGGCUGGGACUCAAGGUCAACAACGACGGAGGCGAGGAGUUUGAAAAGACAGCCGAUGCGAGCAAAGAGGGUGGCUCUGUUGGAUCUAUGCCCGGAGGUGAAGGUCGGAUGUGUCUGCCUCCCAUGCUGCUGCAUCCUGUGAAGGAAGUUGAGUUGCCUGUGGAGGAGCCAGCAGAGGAGGGGGCGCAAGUUCCCGAGUUUGACCCAGGAUCAUGAGCGUUGUGUUCUGUACAUUUUGAGAUGAUUACAUGUCGGCGUUUUGGGUAUAGCAUGGCUCGGAGCCUCGGGUAUAGAGAGUUCAAUCAACUAGACACAGACCUUUCAAAGGUUGGCAUUGGAAAUGAGAAACCGCUUC